AUGACAGACUCUACACAGCCAUUCUGCUCAAACGAUGACUACACGGUGGGAUGGAUCUGCGCACUACCGACCGAGUUGGCUGCAGCCAAAGGUAUGUUAGAUGAAGUGCACGGAGACCCGCAGAUCCCACCCGCUCCAGCAGACAACAAUACCUACAUCUUGGGGUCUAUGGGGAAGUUCAAGGUUGUCAUAGCCGCCUUACCUCUGCAUCAACUUGGCUCCUUUUCAGCCGCCGCUGCCGCAAGGGAAAUGCUCUUCACCUUUCCCAAAAUCCGAGUCGGGUUGCUAGUCGGCAUUGGGGCAGGCAUUCCGGACUAUGAAAACGAUCAAGACAUCCGCCUAGGAGAUGUUGUCAUCGGCAGUCAUCCCGAAAAUGGUGGAGUGGUUGUUUAUGACUUUGGGAAACAACUCGCCGAUGGGUCUUUCCAGAGCAUCUCUGCCUUGAACCGCCCACCGCGAUCUCUACUCUCAGCCUUGUCAAAGCUCAAGGCGGAUCAUGAAAUGGAGGGCAAUAGGAUUUCGCAAUAUGUCACGGAAAUGCUUGACAAAUAUCCGAUGAUGCGAAAGAAGGGAUAUUCUCAUCCUGAUCCAGCCUCUGAUCGGAUUUUUCAGUCGGAUUAUCUUCACCCAAACAAUGCAAAAUCGUGUGCCAAAUGCGAUCUGACGAAGCAGAUUGAUCGAGAUGAGUUUGAACGUUUCGACGAAUAUCCUGUGAUCCACUAUGGAACGAUAGCAUCUGGGAACUCGGUUGUCAAAAAUUCUUCAAAGCGCGAUGCGAUCAGGGACCAACACGGAGCAAUAUGUUUGGAAAUGGAGGCUGCUGGCCUGAUGAACAACUUCCCUUGUGUUGUUAUCCGCGGCAUAUGUGAUUACGCCGACUCCCACAAGAAUGAUCGCUGGCAACCCUUUGCGGCGGCGGCGGCGGCUGCAUGUGCCAAGGAGUUUCUUGAAAAGGUGCAGCCUAAUGUCGUAGAUUCGGAGCCUCCUGCAAAGGAUAUAAUUUGUCGAGUCCAUGAAGAAGUGAAAGCGAUCAGCAACAAUGUGAAAAUAAUCGGCCACGACAUGGAGAUGAUUAGUAGACUUGUAAUUGAUGACCAGACGCAAAAGAUUCUCGAUUGGCUCUCUCCAAUAGAGAUUGAGCGACAACAAAGCGAUGUCAUUAACCAAAGACAAGAAGGGACGGGGCUUUGGUUUUUGGAGUCUUCGGAGUUUCUUCAGUGGUUAUCUCGGCCCAAAGCAACCAUUCUCUGUGCUGGAAUUCCGGGGUCAGGAAAGACUGUCAUCAGCUCAAUUGUGGCGGAUUUUCUUAGCACCAAAUUCGAAGCCGACCCGAAGGUACAGAUUGCACAAGUAUUUUGCAGCUAUCAAUCGCAUAGCCAACAGUCCACGCUCGAUAUCCUUCUAAGUCUUCUCCGACAGCUCGCUAUCAAUGACUCGAAUCUCUUUGCGAGCAUCGAAGAAAUGCACGAGAAGCAUGCUAAAAAGAGGACUCGCCCAAAGGCCAUGGAGGUUGAAGAAUUGCUACUCAAAUCCGCACUUGUGUAUACCAAGGUGUUCGUGAUUAUCGAUGCACUUGACGAGUACUGCUCCUCAAAGCCUGAUCAGAUCGAUGAUUUGCUGUCCACAUUAUUUCGACUGGAACAGAAAAUGCAACUCAGUAUCUUCGCGACUUCUCGUUUCAAUUCGGAGAUUCAAAUCCAUUUCAAAUCAUGUCUUUUCAAAGAGAUUCGGACGCAAGAUGGAGAUCUCUUGAUGUAUGUGAACAGACGAAUUCCUCAACUCGUUCGCUCCAAAAUAUCGAGGUAUCCUGAGACUCAGCAAGAGGUUCGUCGCUGUCUCUUGGAAAGUUCGAAUGGAAUGUUUCUGCUUGCAAAGCUUCACAUGGAUCACUUGAUGAGCUUUCCUACCAUUGGUCAACUUGAAGAGUCACUCGCAAGCCUACGUCAUGGAAGGGCUAGCCUGGGAACAGCAUACGAUAAUGCAAUAUCACGAAUAACAUCCCAGCAAGACGCUCUAUCUGAUAUGGCAAUGAAGACUUUGUGCUGGUUGACAUUCAGCAGGAGAACUCUUACCCCGCGGGAGCUGCAGCACGCCCUUUGUGUUCGACCCGGCAUGAACUCCAUUGAUGAAAGGUUCCUGCCCGACAUUGAGAUCAUCGAUUCCCUCUGUGCUGGACUUGUUAUGUUUGAUAGACAUAGCCGUCUCAUCCGUUUGGUCCAUCAAACAACACACGAGUAUCUGAUUGGCCACCUAGCUCUGAGAAAUGCCGAGGUUGAUAUCACCACUGCAUCUAUUACCUAUCUUUCAUGUGUUGCUGACAUACCAAUGGACUUGUCUGGAUAUCGAUCAUUAACGAUCAAAUACCCACUUUACGCAUAUUGUGCAACAUGGUGGGCUUGGCACGCAUCAGCAGCACUGAGAGUGUCGAAGGAGAUCCUGAACCUUGUUUUGGAGUUCCUGGAAGAAGAGAGAACUGUCGUUGUGACUUGCUUGGCGCAGGAAGAAACAUAUACUCUCUUCUUGGAACGCCGCUCUUCAAAAGCCCACAUAGCCGCUUUCUUUGGGCUAAAUGAUGCGGUUAUCAGCUACCGGAACACUGGCCAAGACCUGGACAUCGGCGACUGGCGUGCAGAAACACCUUUAAUGUAUGCAGUGGCGAAUGGGAAUCUUGAAACAACAAGAAUUCUGCUCGAGAAUCCGGACAUCAACCCACAUGCAAGAGGGAGAUAUGGAGAUACGGCUCUGUGGAAGGCAGUGGUUCGCGAUGAAGUCGAUAUUGUCAAGGAAGUUUUGUUGUAUGGUGUAUCCCCAAAUGGCCCUCAGCGAUAUGACUGUAUGGCACUGCACCGAGCCACACUUCAGGAAAACCUCGAAAUCAUGAAAGUCCUGGUCGACCAUGGCGCUGAUGUUAACCUGAUAUCCCUCGGUGAAACGCCACUUAUGAUUUCUUGCUCCAUUGGAAGCGUCAAGGCAACCGAAUUUCUCUUGAACAAUGGAGCUGACCCGAAUAUGUCCAACAAGUAUGGACGGACACCACUUUCCUCCGCAGCUGCACAGGGUGAUGAACACAUGACCGGGGCUUUUUAUGAACCGGAGAUGUUCAACAGGUAUGGAAGGACACCACUUUCCUCCACAGCUGGACAGGGCGAUGAACACAUGACCGGGGUUUUUCCUGGUAUUCAAUCACUCGGAUUGAGUGAUUUCGAUGUAAAACCCCAUAUAGUAUUAGAACGUCCAUCUGGUUUCAAUUCAGAAGACUAUCUCUCGGUUGUGAAAUUGUUACUCAGAAAAGGAGUCCAUGUCAACUGCCAGGAUAUCACUGGCAAUACUCCUCUCUUCGGGGCUUGUUUAAGGGGGGACUGGAAAGUGGUUGACAUUUUGCUUGGCAAUGGCGCUGAUAUCAACCACAGAAAUAUACUUGGAGAGACACCGUUGUUCUUCGCAACAAUGUGCGGAAGCCCUUCUCUUAUUAAGAUUCUAUUUGAAAAUCAUGCGAUGGUUGAGUCUAAGAAUGUGAUGGGGGAGACGCCUUUCGUUUAUGCGAGCAGGUGCUUAAAGAUCGAUGAACGCUGCCACGCUGUGAUGGUGGCCUUUCUUGAAAGAGGAGCUGACCCCGAGCCACUCUACGACCCGACAAAAAACCGAGACCAAAAGGAGUUUUUGACGUACUUUCUACACAAAUUAACUUCUUCGGAAUCACUUGCAGUUUUGACACGCAAAGCGCCCCCUUCUAUCAAGCGAGCCUGGAGAGUUUGGCUUCAGAAGCACAAUGGGAUACAAGUGAAUGAACUCUUGUGGUAUUUAAGGACCUGUUGGAGACUGAGAGAGUGCCAAGUCUCUUACAAUAUUAUCAAUUUCUGGAGACAAAUAUGGAUCAAGGGAAAAAGCUCGGUGUGGCUGGACGCAGUGGAGGGUGGCCAUGUUGACCUGGUCCGCACGCUUUUGAAGUCAGCACCCUCAGGACAAGGGGACGCUGAACGUAACACAUCAUUGUUUGAGGUCGCAACGGAACUUGAGCAUGUGGGAAUAUCAAAAAUGUUACUGGAGGCGGGCCUUGAUGAAUCAACGCAGACAGCAUCCCACAAUUUUCUGAUGCGGGCGGCUGGCAACAACAAUGUCGAAUUGAUGAUUCUUCUAUUUUCCCACUUUGAAUUCAAUGCUACCGAUGAAUACGAGCCAUUGCUUCUUGCUGCUAGGAAGGGGCACCUUGAUGCUGUUGGGUUCCUUUUGAGCAAGCUACUUUUCUCGGAUUUCCGGAUGAGACGCCAGAAAGGCCGCAGGAAGUGGCUGGGUUGUCUCUGGGGAGCCAAUUGGCGGAACAUACUCAAGAGCCAAAAUGCGGAUCAAAUCAAGCGCCAGAGGAGCCGUCAGAAGAACUUCCUUCGUCGGAAAAGGCUUCUCAACGGCCACCGGACAAAGAUGAGUGAAGACUCAUGUCAUGCGGCUCUCUGCCAAGGUCGACUAGAAGAUCUUGAAGGCUAUCUUCCAAGGCGGCGGAAGGGAAUUUACAGCAAGGCAAUCGACAAGAAGGAUCGGCAUGGCCGCACCCUGUUAUUCUGGGCAGUCCAACAGGAUUGGCGGUACAUUGUGUACCUGCUGCUCCGGCUUGGGGCUAAUCCAAACACCACCGAGGCUGGUGCUGGAACACCCCUUCUAGCUAAUAUCAAGCACUAUGCCGAUCACUGGCCCAGCGUAUCACCAUUGAUGCGGCGUUUGGAUGCAUUUAAUGGACAGACUCCGCUGUUUUUCGCUGCGGGACGUGGCAGUAUCCAAAUGGUAAAGCUUCUGUUGCGCUACGGUGCAGACCCAGAUCAUCAAUCUGCCUCAGGAGACCGGCCAAUCUCCUGGGCAGCUGGCAGAGGGCAUCAAAUCGUGGUCAGUACACUUCUUCGCAAAAGAUGCAAUGCAAACUACGAUGCAGACCCUCUUCAAUCACCUUUGCUUUGGGCUGUUGGGAGCUACAACCAUGAUCUCAAGGUGAAAUGCAAUAGAGGCAUCAUGUCUCCCUUCAACCCUUUUGAACCUAGCGGACAACCCGUCGCACUGCUAUUGUUGCAAUACGGGGCAGAUCCCAAUGUCGUGGAUUGGAAGGGGCAAGACGUAUUGUUUAUCGCAAUAAAGCUGCGGUUCACAGAUCUGGUUAAAGUCUUGUUGAAGUCCGACAGAGAUCCUAACCCGCGGAACACAUUUGGGCGUACGCCUUUGAUGAAUGCCACUAUGGGAGGGAUGGAUCCAAUAAUAACCCUGCUAAGGGAAAGCCCGAAAAUUGAUCUAGACGCCACUGAUGAUUUUGGCCGAACCAUAUCCAUGGAAGUUGCUAGGAUGAAGAUUUCCCACACCGUGAAUCUUCAAGCAGAACAUUCAGGCGAUCAGGACCUUGGCCCCAUGCACUACUCUGACAACGUACAGUGGAUCGAUGACCCGUUGGAAUAUCCUGAUAUGACACAUGUUGCGACUUGUGACGUUUGUUGGUUACUAUUUCAUCAGCCCUUGGAUGAUUCCUGGGAGUGUGAUGUUCACCAAUUUGUCCUGUGCGAUGACUGCCGAAGGCUUGGCGCAGUAUGUCCUUUUGAUAAUGAUGAAGAGUCUCCAGAUUUUCCAAUUUUUUCGGAGAACACGGAUUCUGAGUGGGAUAGCAGCCUACCAGACACAGUCUCAACCAUUUCAUGGAGGGAGAUACAAUAG